CCGUGGGGGGCCGGGGGGGCCGCGGCGGCCCGGAAGCGCCAGCGCUACGUGGAGAAGGACGGCAAGUGCAACGUGCAGCACGGCAACGUGCGCGAGACCUACCGCUACCUGACCGACAUCUUCACCACCCUGGUGGACCUCAAGUGGCGCUUCAGCCUCCUCAUCUUCAUCCUGGCCUACGCCCUCACCUGGCUCUUCUUCGGCCUCAUCUGGUGGGUCAUCGCCUACAGCCGCGGCGACCUGGAGCACCUGGGCGACCACACCUGGACGCCGUGCGUCAACAACCUCAACGGCUUCGUGUCCGCCUUCCUGUUCUCCAUCGAGACCGAGACCACCAUCGGCUACGGCCACCGCGUCAUCACGGACACGUGCCCCGAGGGCAUCGUGCUGCUGCUGCUGCAGGCCAUCCUGGGCUCCAUGGUCAACGCCUUCAUGGUGGGCUGCAUGUUCGUCAAGAUCUCGCAGCCCAACAAGCGCGCCGAGACCCUGGUGUUCUCCUCGCACGCCGUGGUGUCGCUGCGCGACGACCGCCUGUGCCUGAUGUUCCGCGUGGGCGACCUGCGCGACUCGCACAUCGUGGAGGCCUCCAUCCGCGCCAAGCUCAUCCAGUCCAAGCAGACGCAGGAGGGCGAGUUCAUCCCGCUCGACCAGACCGACCUGAGCGUGGGCUUCGAGACCGGCGACGACCGCCUCUUCCUGGUGUCGCCGCUCAUCAUCAGCCACGAGAUCGACGAGCGCAGCCCCUUCUGGGACGUGUCGCGGGGGCAGCUGGAGAGGGACGACUUCGAGAUCGUCGUCAUCCUCGAGGGCAUGGUGGAGGCCACAGGGAUGACGUGCCAGGCGCGCAGCUCGUACCUGGCGGACGAGGUGCUCUGGGGUCACCGCUUCACGCCGCUGCUGAGCCUGGAGGAAGGUUUCUACGAGGUGGACUACGGGGGCUUCCACCACACGGUGCCCGUGCCCACCCCGGCCUGCAGCGCCCGCCAGCUGGCAGCCGCCGCCGCCCGCCGCGAUGCCCACCUGUACUGGUCCAUCCCCAGCCGCCUGGACGAGGCGGCGGCCGCGGGGGGCGAGGGGGACCCCGAGAUGUCCCCCCGCGAGAGCAACGGGACCCUGGCCAGCCCCGAGUCGCGGUGAUGCCGCCAAAAUCCGGGUGUAAAUAGCAAAAAUCCCCCCCAUUAUGGUGGUGGUGGUGGGUUUGGGGUGUGAGUGACGGGUUUGGGGUGUCCCUGGGUUUGUGGGGGCAAAGGGGACCCCAAAAUCUCUCAGGAGAGCAACGGGACCUUGGCCAGCUCUGAGUUACAGUGAUGUCACCAAAAUCCGGGUGUAAAUACUGAAAAUCCCCCCUGUUAUGGUGGUGCUGUGGGUUUUGGGGUGUCCCUGGGUUUGUGGGGGCAAAGGGGACCCCAAAAUCUCUCAGGAGAGUAAAGGGACCUUGGCCAGCCCCGAGCUGAGGUGGUGCCACCAAAAUCCGGGUGUAAAUACUGAAAAUCCCCCCUGUUAUGGUGGUGCUGUGGGUUUGGGGUGUGAGUGAUGGGUUUGGGGUGCCCACGGGUUCGUGGGGAAAAAGGUGACCCCAAAAUCCCCCAUGAGAGCAACGGGAGCUCGGCCAGCCCCGAGUCGCGGUGAUGCCGCCAAAAUCCGGGUGUAAAUACUGAAAAUCCCCCCCGUUAUGGUGGUGGUGGUGGGUUUGGGGUGUCCCUGGGUUUUUUGGGUGUCCCUGGGUUUGUGGAGACAAAGGGGGACCCCAAAAUCUCUCAGGAGAGUAAAGGGACCUUGGCCAGCCCCGAGCUGAGGUGGUGCCACCAAAAUCUGGGUGUAAAUACUGAAAAUCCCCCCUGUUAUGGUGGUGGUGGUGGGUUUGGGGUGUCCCUGGGUUUGUGGGGGCAAAGGGGACCCCAAAAUCUCUCAGGAGAGCAACGGGACCUUGGCCAGCCCCGAGCUGAGGUGGUGCCACCAAAAUCUGGGUGUAAAUACUGAAAAUCCCCCCCAUUAUGGUGGUGGUGUGGGUUUUGGGGUGUCCCUGGGUUUGUGGGGCAAAGGGUACCCCAAAAUCCCCCAUGAGAGCAACGGGAGCUCGGCCAGC